AUGAACACCCUCAUCCGUCUCGCGGCAGCACACGUCACCUCCUUCUAUCUCACCACCCGCACCUCCCUGCCCGUUCCUGGCCUGUAUCUGACCACUUUUCUCCUCUUCCUGACCCAGUUCUUCCUCACAACAAUCUACAAUGUGGUCCUCUACCCACGCUUCCUCAGUCCCCUUCGCCACAUCCCGCAACCCCCCGGAUCGCACUGGUUGACCGGCCACACGCGGAAGAUCAUGCGAGAGCCGAGCGGGUUCCCGGCGAGAGAGUGGGUGAAGAGUGUGGAGAGCAAGGGCGGGUUGAUUCGGUAUAGUAAUUGGGGCAGGGAGAGGGUUGUUCCUUGCACGCCGGCGGCGUUGGCCGAAGUGCUCGUCACCAAAAACUACGACUUUGUGAAACCCGAUCAACUCAAGCAUGGACUUGGCCGCAUCCUCGGUCGUGGAAUCCUUCUUACCGAGGGCGAGGAGCACAAGUUCCAGCGUAAGAACCUCUCGCCUGCAUUCGCCUUUCGCCACAUCAAGGAGAUCUAUCCCGUGUUCUGGAAGAAGUCGCAAGAGUUGGCGGCAUACGGCGAUGCCAAAGACGAAGAACACAAACAUGCUCUCGGAACUAUCAACGUCGGCAACUGGUCCUCACGCGCUACCCUCGACAUCAUCGGCCUGAGUGGUAUGGGUCAGGACUUCAACUCGCUCGCGGAUCCCAGCAACAAACUCAGCCAGACGUAUGCCAAUGUCUUGCGACUACCACCAGGCAACAUACUCACCAAGAUCCUCCAAUUUGCGCCCAUGUUCCUACCACACUGGCUCCUUGCUGCUCUUCCCAUCAAACGCAACGCAGAUCUCAACGAAGCGACGACAGUGAUCAAACAGACCUGUCGAGAACUCAUCGCUUCAAAAAGAGCUCUCCUCGAGAAGUCCGAGAAGUCUGACGAUACCUCGAAUCGGGAUAUUCUUUCUGUCGCACUGCAGUCCAACGCCUUCGACGACGAGAACCUCGUCAACCAACUCAUGACCUUCCUCGUCGCCGGCCAUGAGACAACAGCGACGAGCAUGAUCUGGGCCAUCUACGCUUUGUGCAAGUAUCCCGACAUCCAAACCAAACUCCGCGAAGCGAUUCGCAAGUCCAUUCCCAGCUUGGACAGCGAUAUCACCGCGCAGGACAUUGAUGAUUGCCAUUACUUGCAGGCGUUCUGUCAGGAGGUGCUGAGACUGUGGCCGCCGGUCAGUCUGACUCUGAGGAUCGCAGGGAGGGACACCGUCAUCCAGGAUCAAGUGUUGCCGAAGGGAACGACGGUGUUACUUGUGCCGGUGGCGGUCAACGUCAGCGAGGAGCUGUGGGGAAGCGACGCCAUGGAAUUCAACCCGUCUCGCUGGCUGAACGCUGACGGCAAAUGCAACGCCUCUGGCUCCGCCAAGUCGAACUACUCCUUCCUUACCUUCCUCCACGGUCCUCGCUCUUGCAUUGGUCAAAAAUUCGCCGUCGCCGAGUUCGCCUGCCUCCUCGCCGCGUGGAUCGGGAAGUUCAACACGACGUUCGAAGAAGGGUGUCCGCAUGCGGAGGGAGAGGUGCAGAUCAAAGGAGGUAUUACAGCAAAGCCCGCGGGCGGGUUGUGGUGUAAUGUGGAGGAGGUGGAGGGAUGGUGAACCAAGAGAGUAAGGACUCAGAGUUGCGAUAGACAUGGAAAGGGGCGUUCGAGCAAUUGGGUCGACAGGAGAGACAGCAAAACUGAACAUGCUCAGAAGUCGUGCAAA